AUGGUAUCUGCAUUUAUUGGACCAAAAUUGUCUGCCUUUCUCAUUUUUAUGUCUGGAUCUGGGGUGAUAUUUCUCGGAAUUUUGGGAGCAUUUUUUUAUUCUAAUGCUGUAACACUAUUUCCUGAUCUACACUUCGCAGAAAACACUAUUGAUCCAUCAGUUUUAGAAAUUGAAAGUAAAUAUUAUGAAAAAGCAACUCAAUGCUGGAUUGCUACAGCAAUGUAUGCUGUUACCUUCAUUUUAGUACUUUGGCAAAACAGAUAUAAUACAGUUUCAAUGUUUUGA